AUGUUUGGCCUUCAAAAGGACAAUAGCAUGAACGAGGUGUCACAGUACUUGGCAGGUCGGUACAUAAGCAAUGGUGAAGCUUUUUGGCGGAUAUUCGGGUUUCCACUUCACCAAAGGCACCCCGCCAUCAUACAACUAGCGGUUCAUUUGGAAAAUGGCCAGCGAACUUACUUUACUGAACAGACUGCAGCUGAAUUGGCAGCAAAUCCAAAUCAAACAACUUUGACCGGUUUCUUUAGGCUUUGCCAACUUGAUACAUUUGCUAAAACACUUUUAUACCCUCAGGUCCCGUCCUACUACGUGUGGUCAAACAACAAUUGGGUGCGUAGGAAGUCGGGUCAGGAUGUUGAAGGACAUCCUGGUGUCAAGUUUAACAGUUGUCUAGGAAGAGUCUACACUGUACCUCCAAACCAACAUGAGUGUUUUCACCUGCGCCUUCUCCUCCAUGAGGUUUUAGGCCCACAAAGUUUUCAGGACAUCAGAACUGUUGAUGGUGUAUUAUGUGAUACUUUCCGCGAAACCUGUUUUCAGCGUCGACUUUUGGAGGAUGAUUCACAAUGGGGCGCCACUAUGGCGGAGGGUGUUUCGUUAAAAUCUCCUAAAAAAAUCAGAUCGCUUUUCGCUAUUCUACUACUAUGGUGUGACUUGGUUGAUCCCGCCUGUUUAUGGCUUACCUACAAAGAUUAUAUGUCUGAAGAUUUCCUGCGUCACGCUCAAUCGCUACAUCCAUCAAUGGAGGUCGGGUACACUGACCUCAAUUACAACAGGGCGCUGCUUGAAAUCAAAGAUACUGUACUUGAUAUGGGCGGCAUUGUGAUUUCUAAUAUAGGAACAAAGCCACAAAUUGACUCUUCAGUUUGUCUUAAUGGCAGAAUUGGUUCUACCAAUAUUACUGAUGUACAGCUCUAUCAGUAA